AGAUUCGAUUUGGUCAGCGUUACAUACAUUACUAGUUAAUACGAUUAAUGACGAUGACAUAAAAUGUGUCACUCUUAAUGUUUUCUCUUUCUUCUCAUUUAUACCGUUUAAUGUUACAAAUAAUAGAAUCGCGAUGUAUAACCAUCGAUGCAUAAUGAAAACUUGAGAAUAAUGCUGUAACAGUUGCUAGGUUGAGUCACGUUUCUGACAGAAGAUCGAUAGUUUCUGCACUGUCGACCAUCUUAAACAACAGGAGCUUCACCCGAACAAUUUCCAAUGAUAGAAGGAUGUUUCUCCACAUUAUCAUCCGUUUAAUUAUUUAUACAAAUAUUUCGUCUCACGUGAAUCGUUUCCCAUAAAAAUUAUCGACGAUACGAUCAGAGAAAAUUAAGUUUUUUUCGGUACAAAAUUUAAUUUUGAAGACUUUGAUUAGAAGAAAACAAUACAUUCUUUCUUUCAUGUGCGCUUCAUUAAAAGAACGAGAAAUAAAGCACUGUUUUAAUCACUCGUAUUCAAAAUAAAUAUUCUUAUUUGAAAAUUAUAAAAAUUCACAUAUUCUCGAUUGGUUUCAGGUAAAGGAGUGGAGAUUGUGCAAAGGAAACGAAGUCAAUAUUUGGAAUGGGAUUCUUGCUUCGACGUCCAGAUCUCAAGAGGUUAUUUGCUGCACGUAGUAGUAAUGGACAGACCCGACCGUCUCUUAGCCGAUUUGCUAAUUAGCGCUCAAGUUUUGGCAGAUAAGUGUGCAGACGAAGAGAAUAGACCUAUUUGGCUUAAACUCAGGCCGAGUGGGAGGAUUCUCACUCAAGUCAAACAUUUCAAGGAUGGUGAAGCAACGCCCUGGUUUGACGAACACAAUGGUUUGGGAAAAAUUGGCAGAAGAGGAGCAAUAAAACAUCAACGAGUACACGAAAUUAAAGGACAUAAAUUCAUUGCAAAAUUUUUUCGUCAACCUACUUUCUGUGCAUUUUGUAAAGACUUUCUCUGGGGAUUUGGUAAGCAAGGUUAUCAAUGUCAACUAUGUCAAGUAGCUGUUCACAAGAAAUGUCAUGAUAAAAUCCUCGGAAAAUGUCCAGAAUCAGGCAAAGAAUCUCAAGUUACUCUGUAUCUUCGUGAGCGAUUCAAAAUCGACGUACCUCACAGAUUUCGAAUCCACAAUUACAUGAGUCCAACUUUUUGUGAUCAUUGUGGAUCUCUUCUGUACGGGAUUUUUCGACAGGGCCUUCGAUGCGAACAUUUAGGUAUCCAUAGAAAUCGUCAAGUCAUCAAGUUUCGUGAGCAACCUAUCACUAGGCAGACAAAACCAAUAAAUUGGAAAAUAUCUAAUUGUACUAGCCCAGCAAUAAGACGUCGAAAUGUUAAUUUAGAUCAAUAUAAUUCAGAUUCACUGAGAUCUUUAGAUUCUGGAAUAGAAUCUCCUCGAUCACCAUCUUUACCACCACAGACACAGAAAUUAGAAGAGUGUAAAGUGAAUUGCCACAAAAAAUGCGAAAGCUUGAUGCCAAAUUUAUGUGGAGUAAACCAAAAAUUGCUAUCUGAAGUGCUAGAAACAGUCAAGAAAGAAAAAGGAUCUUUGACGUCUAAAUCCCCUAACUCUUCUGUGAGACCCUCAAUAUCAAGUAGCAGUUUGAGCAGUAGCGAUUCCGAUGACAGUUCUGAACUCAACACUGAUAAUAACGAAGAAUCUUCUAAUAAAGAUACAACUACUCGUCUUCGCUUCAAGAAAUAUACUAUAGAUGAUUUUAAUUUCAUAAAAAUGCUCGGAAAAGGGAGUUUUGGAAAGGUGAUGUUGGCCGAAAUGAAAGGACAAAAUCGCUACUUUGCUGUUAAAUGUUUAAAGAAAGAUGUAGUUUUGGAAGAUAAUGAUAUCGAAUGCACAAUGAUCGAGAGGAAAGUAUUAGCCUUAGGUAGUAAUCAUCCUUAUUUAUGCAAACUUUACUGCACCUUUCAGAAUGAGAGUCAUUUAUUCUUCGUUAUGGAAUAUCUAAGCGGAGGCGAUCUAAUGUUUCAUAUUCAACAAAUUGGCAGAUUUGAUCAAGAUAGAGCAAGAUUCUAUAGUGCAGAAAUCGUGUGCGCUCUCAAAUUCCUCCAUCGUAAAGGAAUUGUUUACAGAGACCUGAAAUUGGAUAAUUUGGUCCUAGAUAUAGAAGGACACGUUCGAUUAGUCGACUUCGGCAUGUGCCAAAUGAGGAUUUAUCGUGAAGAAUGUCUUCCAUCUAAUUUCUGCGGCACACCACACUACAUUGCACCAGAAAUCAUUAAAGGCCAGACCUACAACCAGUCAGUAGAUUGGUGGUCUUUCGGUGUUUUACUGUACGAAAUGCUAAUUGGUCAAUCCCCAUUUAAUGGUACGGACGAGGACGAGUUAUUUUGGUCCGUUUGUAACGAAGAAGCUUCUUUCCCGCGUUUUAUAAGCAAAGAAGCAAAACAUAUUAUAUCGUUGUUUCUGAUUAAGAAUCCGGAAAGGAGAUUAGGAAUGCCAGAAUGUGCUGCUGGAGAUGUAUGCAGUCAACCAUUUUUCCAAGUGAUUAAUUGGGACAGGUUAGAGAGGAAGGAAAUUUUACCUCCUUUCAGGCCUCGUGUGAAAGGACCAUACGACGUCAGUAACUUUGACUGUAAUUUUACUUUGGAGAAGCCAGUUCUUUCCCCAAUCGAUCAAGAGAUCAUGGACUCCAUGGAUCAAGAACAGUUUCGAGGAUUUAGUUACACAAACCCUAAAAUGAUCCCCUGAAAAAGUUCGCCCAUUAAUUAAAAAAAAAAAAAAUACCGGUUUCAAGUAGAAGUUAGAAUUUAAUUAUGCUUCAUUCCAUUUUGCAAUGUGGUUUGCACAAAUUGUGAUAUAAGAUGGUACAAUACGGACAAAAUUGGGUAAUAGACUUGUAUAUGGAAGAGGGUUUUGUGCAAUUUUAAAAAACAUGCAACACGUCCCAGUUUGGUUUAUAUAUAUAAUUUGAUGUAAUAUAUAUUUGUUAAUGUAUAUUAUAUAUAUAUAUAGAAUAUUGUUUUUGAAGCAGUAAUAUUUAUAUUAUAAAUGGUAUAUUCAAUGUAUUUAGUAGAGGGCCAUUAAGAGUCCUUUAAUUGUUUCAAAGCUUCCAGGCAAUUUCUACUUAUCAAUGUAAAAAUUAAUUAAAAAAACGACAGAACUUUAAUUAACAAU